UUUUAAAUAAACGAAUUGGAUCACACCAGCUCACAUUCCAACCUCUCCUUCACUAUUCCCUCAAUCACCAUCUUCUUUUUUUAUUUGCACAAUCUCCCACAUUUUUACUAUAUAAGAUCUCAAUGGUCCGCCAAAAGUUGAGGCUGCGGCGCUCAUGUGCCGCCGGUGAAUUCAUCCUCACUCCCCUUCACAUUUUCAGCUCCAAUUCUUGACUUCAGCCUCAUUGAAUGUCCCAGUUUUUGUGUUUGCACUCGUACCUUCAAAGCUAAGGCUGCUGAACAAAGAGUUGAUUAUCAGUGACAUCAAAUCACUCGUCUUUUCUUUUUUCAUUUGCAAUGUUAUGCCGGAAGAGUUCGGUUAAAAGCGGCCGUGGAUCGGCGGCGGUGCACCUCAAUGUGUAUGAUCUCACCUCCGUCAAUGGUUAUGCUUACUGGCUCGGCCUCGGUGUCUACCAUUCCGGCGUUCAAGUUCACGGUGUGGAGUACGCGUUCGGCGCUCACGAAUACCCCACGACUGGGAUUUUCGAAGGCCAGCCGAAACAGUGUGAGGGGUUCAGAUUCAGGAAGUCGAUUUUGAUGGGGUGGACGGAGAUGAGUCCCGGAGAGGUGAGGCGAGUGAUGGAGGAGCUGGCAGACAAGUACAGAGGAAAUGCGUAUAACUUGAUCACCAAGAACUGCAACCAUUUCUGCAACGACGCCUGCGUUAGACUCACUGGCAAUCCCAUCCCCAAUUGGGUUAAUCGCCUAGCUAGAAUCGGUUUCCUCUGCAAAUGUAUAAUCCCAGUGAACUUGAACUUGAACUCGACCAAAGUUCGCCAUCACAAAAUAGAAGACAAAGUCUGUGAAGUGGAGAAGAAGAAACUCACAAGCAGCUCAAACAGGUUCACAAACACAUCUUCCAACACAUCGUCGUCAUCUUCGUGUUCUACUCCUCCAGUUGCAAGGGCCGACAGUCGAAGCGGAACCCCUUCUGCCCCUGCGUGCUCUCCUCCUCCCGUUGCAAGGGCUGGCAGUCGAAGUAGAAGCUCUGUGCCCCCCAUUGAUUCUUGAUUCCAGUACAAACUAAAGGUCUCAAAAUCUUACCCUGAGGGCAAAUUUCUAUGAGGGGAAAUAUAUAUAUUUCCAUUGAUUCUUUUCUUCUUGUUUGAGCUUAAAAUGCUAAUAGAUAUGGUAAGAAGGAGCCCUUCAAAAUUUGUACAUGUGAUUUACAGGGAACGUUUUUGUUUGUUUCUUUUGCAAGCGAUUGCUAAUUGGGAGAAUUCUCAAUUCUU